AUGGCUCUGCUGAAGGUUCUGCUGCUGCUGGGGCUGGGUGUUUCAGUGAACUCAGAUGUUUCUCUGCAGAAGAGAAUCAUUGGAGGUCAAAACUGUGAUGAAGGUGAGCGUCUUUAUCAUGUUCGGCUAGAAAGCAGCUAUGGUAAUGAAAAAAUCCGCUGUGGAGGAUCUCUGAUCCACCCUCAGUGGAUCCUGACUGCAGCUCACUGCUGGAAGGCUGAGCCAGGAUGGACUACCGUAGCAACUUUAAAUGUUCAUCCACGGGCUGUUAGGAAGCAGAUACGGGUAAUUAAAUACGCUCCUCAGAUGUUUACACUCUUGGGCCAGCGGCAUGACAUCAUGUUGCUGAAGCUUGAGACACCAGUAGGAAAUGUUCCACUUGCUCAGCUACCAGACUGCAGUUAUCGUCUUCAAGUAGGCGAUGUUGUUCAGCUGGCAGGAGAGGGAGCAACAACCACUGGCCCCAAUAAUCAGCGAUUAAUAGAUGCUCCUAUUCCAGCACAUCUACAAUGUGUCGACAUGAGAGUUGUUCAGGUUUCUGUUGUCAUGCCGACAUUUGGCCUUUUAUUCUAUGUUCAAGCACCGAACAAGGAUGUAUGCUAUGGCGACGAUGGUGGAGCAGUGGUGUACAACGGCAUGAUUUAUGGUGUGAUUUCUUUUGGUGUAGCAUACUAUGCAUGUCAGAGUCACGCUACAGUCACGGAUGUGUGUGAAUAUCUGGGGUGGAUAAAAUCUACAGCUGGGCUUAUUUAAACAUAAACUAUCAUGAAAUAAAAUUCUCAUCAAAUUUCCUCUCACAAAUAAUUUUAUAAUUGUAUCUUCAUCUUUUUGAUCCACAUGUUUGUAGAAUUAGAAUAAAGUAAUUGUUUUGUUUUAUUUUUCUCACCUGAUCUUGACCUCCCUAAUGGAGCUUUCUCUGCCUCAGAAAUGAAAAAUAAAUCAAUAAA